UCUCCCUUGACGACUGUAACCUGUCCGUUGUCAGGACGCUAAAACAAGUUAUGGAUUAACAUUAAUAUGAGUCGUUUAAGACCAUCGACAUAUCUUCUUUUUUUAGAUAAACAUCUUGGAAAGUAAAAGCUUCACAUCUUUUGAACAUUCUUCUUUACAGAGACCAGCUAAGAUUCGGUUAUUCAUCGAUUUCUAUUGAAAGUGACACCGUUUUUAAAUUUCAAUAAUGGCUCCAAUGAACUGGAAUAUAAUCAUGAAAACAACCAAAAGUAACAUAGAAGAUGACUCUGAUAUGCUGUUGGAAAUGAUCAAAUCUUUCGACCAUAAUAAGGAGACAGAAAUUGAUCGUUUGAAGAAGUUAUUUGAAGUAACUCGGGAGUUGAUAUUAUUGAAAAAUGAUCAGUUGGAGGAGGUAAUUGUAAAUAUGGAAGAAGAAACUAAAAAAGAAGCAAAAAGAGAACAGAAAUUGCAAGCUAAAAUUAAAGAGUUAGAACUCUUGAGUAGCAAUCUGAAGAAAUCUGGUAUUGAUGGAGAUUACACAUCUUCCAGUACCAGAUACUUGCAAGAAGAGAUUAAUCAUUUAAAUAACCAAAUUCAUCAUUUAACUGAAGAAAAUAUGGAAUUGCAAAGAGAUCUAGAUGAUGAGAAGAGAGCUAGUGAAAGGUAUAAUUCACAGAUCAUUGAUCUUGACAGAGAAAAGAGUGUUCUGCGCCAAGAAAAUGAUCAAAUGAGACAGGACAUCAGUGACUAUAAAAUGCAGCUACAAUCUCAAAGAGAUAAUUUAUUGCAUCAGAAAGAAGGAGAUCUGGAAUAUAAAGAAAAAGUAUUACAAAAGAAUCGACAGCUUGGUGAGGCAAUGGAAGAAUUACAGAAUUUAACUGAUGCUAAUGAAGAACUGAAAGAGCAAGUUGAAAAACUGACCAAAAAGUUGGCAGAAGCUGUCAAGGAUAUUGAUCAAACAACUGAAGAUUAUUUAAGACUUAAGAAAAUUGUUGAUGAUGGUGAUAAUAUCAAUGAUAGAUUGAAAGAAGAGAAUAUAAUAAUGAAAAGCCAGCUUACUGAUUUGAUGGAGAGAUUGCAAGUCAGAUCAGAUUCUGAUGAUUCUGUCAUGUUAGCAGUGAAUGAAAAAGUGAACGAAUGGAGGAAAAUUCUUACAGAAAAAGACCAAGACAUCAUCAGUUGUCAAGAAGAAAUCAUGCAUCUUCGUAAACAGCUGGAAGCAGUAAAUUUAGAUGCUGAUCGUGCCUCAUUAGUUGCUCUGACAAAGGUGGUAGAAGAACGAGAUCAACAGAUUUAUGAUUUGACUGAAGAGAUACAGAAUCUAACAACUGAAAUGAAUGCAAAUGCAGCCAUUAUGGAAGAUUUGAAGAAUGACCUGAGCAAAAAACCAAAAGACCAUUUACAUAAAAAAUUGAAAGAACUUGAAAUUCAGAUGUUAAAUAAAGAUAAGCUUUUGAAAGAUGCUGAAAAAUUAGUCAAAGAGGCUGAAAAUGAUGCACUUGAGAAAGACAAACUGCUGGUCGAUGCUUUAGAAAGAAUGCGUCAAUAUGAAUCUGGAGAAUAUGGGCUUGCUGAAGCUGUGAACGAAAUCAAAGAAUUGAAAAACCGAUUGAUAACUCACCAAAGAGACAUUGAAGACUUUGUGAAGCUUAUUAACAAAAGUGAGGCAACCAUGAGUGAAUUAACAGAAGAAAAUGAAGUACUUCGAUCAAAACUCGGCAUGGACCCUAGAAAACCAAUAGAUAUUAAAGAUUUUCAUUCUGAUAUUACCAUCAAAAAAGAAGAACAACGUGCAUUGAAUAUUGUCCUUCAGAAAGAGAUUGAACGUCUUGAAGAAGAAAGGAUUUUAUUAAAGCAAAACUUACGGAAACUUGCUCAGCAAACAGGACAAAGAGCUGUGGCUUUGGGUCUUACUGCUGAUGAUAUGAUAUCCAUUCAGAAUUAUACUGAAGGGUUGAAAAUGAAGAAUUUAUCUAAUGUUAACGCAGAGAUUCCCAAAAGAUUAACAGAGGUUGAAGAUUUGAAAAUGAAGCAUACAGAACUUAAUGAAGAUUUCAAAUUAAAUUUGCAACGAUUGGACGAAUAUAAACAAGAAAACAUUGCAUUAAAAACCCAGAACAAACAGCUUGAAAAAGAUAAUGCAGCAUUGCUAGAGUCGUUGAAAGAACUUAAUACAAAUAUGAAAAGUGGACUUGCAUCAAAUUCAGAAGAAGGAAUUAUCAAGUGUCCCUCUUUGGAAAAGAUUCUUGAAAACAUGGAAAAUAAACCUGCUUCAGAACAUCAGGAAGUCAUUCCUUACUUGAAAGAACAAAUUAAAAAUUUGGAAAACUGGAAUAAUGAACUGAGGUCAGUUUUCAAAGAUUCUCGUCAUGAAACCAAUUUGGCUAAAUUGGAAGCUGAAAAAGCUAAUGAAAAAGUAAAAAAAGUUGAGCAAGAACUUGCCAAUUUGCAACAGCAAGCAUUUCCAACACAAGGCAAGUUUCAACCACUGGCACUACCAGAAGAUAUGCCUGUUAAUAGUUCUGAGUUAAUUGCAAGUCUAAACGAACACUUAAUUGUCACAUUAGAGGAGUUGUUUAUUCAUCAAGAGCAAAUAAAACAGACUGAGAGCAGUUUGGAAUCCUAUCACAGAAAAUUUGCUGUUGUGAGACAUCAACUGGGUCUGCUUUAUGCUGACUAUAUCAAAUCAAAUCAGGAACAUGAAGCUGAAGUAACAACGUUGAAAGAAAAAAUAAAUCAAUUAGAAGACUUAAAUCAGCAGAACCAUGUUAAAUUGCAGGAAUUUGAUCGCUUACAGGAUACUUUAGCUCAGGAUGAAGCUGAAAUUGCUAGACGUUUGUCUGAACAGAGUCGGAGGAUGACUGUGUUAGCUGUAAAUGAGAAAGCACUCACUCGUAGCUAUUAUACUAUGUCAGAAAUUGAAAAAUCUGCUAGAAAGGAAAUAUCAAAACUGAGAAAUGAAACUAUUUCAAUGGAAAAAGCUGUGACUGAGAAAAUUGGUUACUUACAACGUUAUAAGUACACUUCCACGUUCAAGAUAAAUGCUUUGCAGAAGGCUCUGGAAGAUUCCGUAGCUUCUGAAGAGUUGGAAAAGGCUAAUAAAGAGUACCAAAGUCUUACAGAAAGCUACCGAGAUCUUUUAGAAAGAGAACAUCUGUUUGUAGCAAAAUCCGAAGCAUUUGCUGGUCUUGAGGAGGAAGUGAUUCAACUGAAGAAUGAAAAUGAACAUUUAAGUAAAAUACUUGAACUAGAAAAAGACAAAGUUAAUGUCUUAUCAGAUAAUUUUGAAAAGAUGAACACCGAUGCAAAGUCAGUAAAUGUUAAUGAAAAUGGAAGUCAAACUGAGAAACUGGUGAGAACUGAAAUGAAUGAAUUGCAUGAAAAGCAACGGGCUGAGCAUGCAGUUCAAAUGUAUGAUAAGUCAAAGUUCCUGAUUACUGGUUUGGAAAAACGAAUCAAAGAACUGGAAGAAAAUUUGGCAGAAGUUUCCCAGGUAAACAAUACAUAUAAAAAAUCUGAAGAGCAAUUACGAGAAGAGUUAGCAAAUGCAGCAACCAAAGAUGUAAAUGAAUCAGAUAGAAAGAAAAUUGCAGAACUUGAAGAAAAUGAAAUAUGCCUGAAAGCUGAAAUCUCCAAAUUAAAAGAAAUAGCUGAUGUGGCAACUUCCCAAGUGUUAGCAUUUGAGAAUCAGCAGGUAUCUCGUGACAAAGAAGUCCUUUCACUACGCCAACAAUUACUUGACUUCCAAGCUCAAAGUGAUGACAAGACUGUUAUAGGGAAACUACACCGUCAAAUUGUGCAACUUCAAGUCAGUGAAGGAACAGCGAUUCAGAAACUUGAAAAUGAGAUGCGUAAAGUUAGCAAACUUGAAGCCCAUAUUCUUCAGCUGGAGCAACAGAUCGAUGCUAAAAACCAAACCAUUUAUCACAAUCGGAUUGACUCUCAGAAUAAAAUCAAACAGUUGAAGAAGAAUUUAUCUGAAGUACAUCGACAAUAUGCAGGAGCUAUUCCACUUUCCAAGCAGGAGAAAUUUGCAAAUAAUAUGAUUCAGCUGCAAGAAGAUAAGUCCAAAAUUGAAAAAGAAUUAGUGGAGGUUAAGGAACAACGCAGGCAAGUGGAGGAUAAAUUGGCAGAGUUAGAACUUCUCCAGUUGGGGAAGGAAGAGAUGAAAGAGAUAACAAUUAAGGGAGGUCAUGAAGGGGUUAAGAAGGUGGCAGAGUGGCAUUCAAAGAUGGAAACCUUACGUUUGAGUCAAAUGAAGCAAACCCGUCAAAUAUCAAGAUUACAAGAACAGAUAUCACUGCAUGAAAAAACCAUAAAAAAUCAAGAAGUGGCUAUAGCUGAUUUAGAACAUAAAAAUGUAAAGUUAUCUAAAGAAUUUGAAAAGCAUCAACUUGACUGGGAAUUCCGAGAGCAAGAGUUAGAAAGGACAAUAAAUAAUUUGGAAAAACAAGCUUCAGAUUUUACUUCUGCAACUGCACAGUUUAAUAAAAACCUUGGUAAACUGCCAGAUACUUCCCAACCUGUGGCUGUUCAACUUGAGAAUGCUAUUGCUACUAUAAAACAGAACAUGAAAGAAAUAUCUGACACCAAAGCUCAAUCUCAAGUUCUUAAAAAGAGAGUUGAACAACUGCAAGCUGUAGCUCAGGAGGCUGAAGCAAAUCUCAUUGCUAAAGACAAACUAAUUGCUGAGAUACGGCUUCAGAUGCCAGCUACUGUGGAUCGUGAUAUUUUCCUUAAAAAUCUCAGUGUAUCAAAGAAUAAGAAGGCAGAAUCCAAUGAAGGUCAUUUUGAAACCCAGCAAGCUAUUAAAGUUGCCCAUUGUGCUGUUUCAAGUCUUAAGGCAAGGAUCCAGCUGAAAGAAGAAUCUAUAAAGAAUCUUCAAGAGCUUUUGAAAACUGCCCAUGAGGAUAUGGAAAAAAUGACCCAAAAACAUUUUGAAGAAUUGCAGUCUAUGCAGUUAAAAAUGCAAGAGAAUGCUGACAGAUCUUAUAUUAAGUUUAAAGAAGCAGCUACAGAACUGGUUAAUAAAUCUAGCAAAGAUGAAGCUUUUAAAAAGCAGAUGAUACAUAUGUCUGCCCUUGAAGAUUUAAUUGCUGAGCGAGAUGGAGCUAUGUCUGGUCUAGUAAUUCAGAUUAAAACUAAAAAUGAAGAAAUCUUGGCUCUACGUGUUAAACUACAACAGAUAAUUGGAGAGAAAGACCAAGCUAAGGAAGAGUUGUUAAGAAAACAUGAUGCAGAAUUAUCAGAGAAGAGUAAAGAACAAAAUAUGUUAUCCCAACAAGUUAGAGAGCAAGAGAAAGAAAUUCAGAUAUUGAAAGAAGAAAUUUCCUGUGUAAAAGAAGCCAACAGCCGAGCAUCUAAUGCCAGUGUGGCGAAACUGACUGAACAAUUAAGGAAUCAGUUAUUGCAGAAAGAAAAUCAAAUUCAGGCCUUGAACAAAGCAUUGUCUAAAAUUCGCACUGAUUUGCUGGAACAAACAGAACUAACUACACAAAUACAACAAGCAGGGAAGCAACAAGAGGCACAAAUAAAAAAGAAAAUUGAUAAGCAAACAGAAAAUUUGUCUAGUGAAAUUGAAGAAAUUCGAAGCCAAAAUGAAAAACUGAAAACAGACUUGAAGAAAAAGCAUGAGCGAGAAACUAAUUUACAGUCUGAAUUGGGACAAUUGCAGGAGAAACUUGAAAAGAAAAAUUCCUUAAUUCAGAAGCUAAAACAAGAAAAGCAGCAAAACAAUCAUCAAAUUACUGAACUGGAGAAAAAAAUUGAAAGAAUGAAAGCAACUUCACAGAAGUUGCAAGAAAGUGAAGGCCAAGAAUUAAGUGAAAUGCGUAGAAAAGUUUUGUUCCUAGAAGAGGAAUCAAAGGCCCGUCAACAACAAGCUGAGAAACCUUAUGAACAAAUGAAAACAGAGAAACCAAAGAAUGUUGAAAUUAUAAAAUGGGAGGAAAAGAAAAAAUGGGAAAAAACUGUGGAAAAAAUGAAAGUUAAAAUUAAAGAUUAUGAAUCAGAAAAUGAAAGAUUACAGAAGGAAGUAAAACGACUUAAGACUGCAUUAGACAGGUAUUUAUUUAUUAAUAUUAAUGAUUUUAUUGUUUAUUGA